ACACUCUCAUGCACGGACACACACACAGGCUCUCCUUUGGAUUAACAUUUUUCUGUAGUUACUUUACAGUGGAUUAACAGUUUAGUGAACUUUCAGGACUUUCUUACUGACCAGACUUCACGAUACAAACAUGCCAAGGAUAGAAUAUCCAUGGUCCGCCUUGGUUUCCUGACUAAGCCGUGACGUCAUGCUGGAAGGAAAAGGGGGGCCUUUUGAGAUUCCCUCACUAUCUGCUAAGGAUGUGAGAGGCUGUAGCUGCUGCUGCAACACCCACUCCAUUUCCCCACAUUCAAAAGGAAGACUGGAGGCCAGGCAGAGCAGCAACACUCUGCAGCUGUACAGUGAGAACAAAGGAAAACAACCAAGGCAAAGGAAUGAGCAAGAAUCAGAAAGACGUGAAGAAAAUCCAGACAGUUUAUCUGCAGAACUUGGAAAAACUCAAUCAGGGGAUAAAGCCAGAGAAGAAAAGUUGGAAACCAAAGGAAGUAGACUUUUCUGCAGCGAUGGAAAAGCUGCGACAGCCUCCCAUUGCUGGGAAGGUCACCAAAAGCUCAGCACACAGAAUCAGCAGAGAUCUCACCUGCUCCAUCUGCUUGGAUCUUUUCAAGCAGCCGGUGUCACUGCCCUGUGAUCACACCUUCUGCCAGGGCUGCAUCGAGGGCUACUGGACCGGGCCCCGGGUGCCCCUUCAUGGAGGCACAGGCUCCUGCCCUCAGUGCAGGAAGGUGUACCCUGGGCAAAGCUACAGGCCCAACCGCAUCGUAGCCAACAUCGUGGAGAGCUACUGCCAUGGUCUGGAGGAGAGCGGCAGCGGCCCCUGCCUGGCAGAUGUCGGGGUGGCAGAGAGGGUUCCUGCUCCGGCUCCGGUCCCUCGCUGCAACCGACACAGAGAGGAACUGAAGCUUUACUGUGAGGAGGACCAGGAGCUGGUGUGUCUGGUGUGUGGGGUCUCCCAGGAGCACAGGAAUCACACCAUGGUGUGUGUGCAGGAGGCUGAGCAUAAGUACAGGGCGUCUCUAAACUGCUCCAUGGAUUCACUGAAAGUCGAGCUCAACACGGCACUGCAGUGUGACAGGGUGGAGGACGAGGUUAAAAAGCUGAAGGAUCACACGGCUGACCUAAAGCAGCGUAUCGAGGCCCAGUUCAGCGACCUGCACCAGUUCCUAUACCAGGAGGAGAAGCUGCUGCAGGUGAAGCUGAAGACGGAGGAGCGCAGGGAGCUGAUCCGUCUGGACGAGCACAAGGCGCUGCUGUGUGUGGAGAUCUCCCGUCUGCAGAGGGCCCUCCACGAGAUCGAAGACAAGCUGAGAGAGCAGGACGCCUUCACCCUGCUCCGGAGCAUCAAAGCCCUGCUCCAGAGGCCUUCACUGAAGUUUGAGAAACCAACAUUUACACCGCCCAGUCUGUGUGAGGGUCGGUUUGCGGGGCCCCUGCAGUACAGAGUGUGGAAGUCCAUGAAAGGAAGUAUUUAUCCAGUUCCAGCGGCCAUCACCUUUAACUCCAGCACGGCCAACCCUUGGCUCAGCUUGACCUCCUCCCUCACCUGUGUUCGCUACCAGACCUUUAACCUCACGGUGCAAGACAACCCCUCCAGGUUCAACGCUGCCCUGUCGCUGCUGGGGAGCCAGGGCUUCACCCAUGGGCGCCACUACUGGGAGAUUGAAGUCUACAGCAGCACAGUGUGGACAGUGGGGGUGGCCCGGGAGUCGGUGCCCAGAAAGGGGGUUAUCAAAGCCCUCCCUGCCAACGGCUUCUGGACCCUUUCCCUGUCUUAUGGGAUACAGUACAUGGCUGGCACUUCACCCCCCACUGUCCUGUCCCUGGAGGAGCCUCUAGUCAGGAUUGGGGUGUAUCUGGACUACAAGAGGGGCCUGGUGUCCUUCUACAACGCAGAGUGCAUGACACACCUGUACACCUUCAGGGAGACCUUCACUGAGACGCUGUUCCCCUACUUCAACCUGGGCUUCCUGGAUAAAGUGCAUGAAAAUGAGCCUCUCAAAGUUUUCCUACCAAAGAUUUAAGAAACUGUGACAAAAAUCCAUCUGAAAAAGUAACACAAAAAAAAGUUGAUGAACAAACAUUGAACAACAAUGUUUACUAUGUAGAGAAGUUGAGAUGUGUUAAGUUGCAUUCUACAUUAGAUAGAUCUCAACAGAAACAGAUGCACCUGAAAGGGGCCCUGUUGAGAUUUUAAACAAACCAAAGUGAAUUUAAAUGUGUUACCAAAACGAAUGUGUCCUUUCUUAAUUUGAGUUUUCUUCUUCACAAACAUUUGCAAAGUUGAUUUUCAUCCCAGAAUUGUUAGCAUAUGUUAGCUAGCCUCAAGCCUUCUCCUUGUGUUUGUUGGCACAUCACAGCUUACCUUUGAGUGCUACUGCCACCUGUUGAUCAUUGGUACAGUGGGACACUAUUUGAAGGACUGUGUGUGCGUCAUGUUAACACAAAAAUGAGUCACUCAUUUGAAAACAACAUUACUAGAGGACAACAACUCAACAGGGAACGUACAACUUUGUUUAUUUUGUAGACUGGAUCUACUGCCACCAUUUCACUUCAGAGGAGCUGUGCUUCAGUGAAGAAUGUAAAACUGUCUGGUUUACUUUAUAAUAUUUGAAUGAUGCAAUAAUCUUUUGUUGUGCAUGAUACACAAACAAUAUAUGUACCACUCUAUACAGCGGUUUUAUGGACAUGUUGAAACAAUACAUUUUUAGUUAAUCAGGUGCUAUCUCAUGUAUUGCUAUGUAUUAAUGAUGUAUUUGGUGCAUUCAGGGGCCUUGGGAAAUGUGUUCAAGAAAAUGUGGGUUUAAUACGUUUUUUAAAAUGUUAACAAAUGGUUUUAAUUGUGGAUAUUUUGUACUUUUUGUGCAGAUGUUUUGACUGUUGGCUUACUCAAAGGCUGAUACAUUUUAGCAACCAAUAUAACACUAAAUAAAUUGAGUGACAUUUUAAUACAAAAAAAAAUCCAACUCUUUUUCCAAAGUGCUUACUCCAAAUACAAUAAUAAUAGGACAUCCUUGCCAUUUGAU